AUGUCGUCGGCAAGCACAGAUCUCUCAAGCUGCAACGAGCGUGUGCAAAUCAAACUAUACGAGUUAAACGUGUUUGACACCGUCGCCGUUAAAGAAUUUGGAGAAGUAUCACAAGAGUACAAAGAUGUCGACAUAUGUCUUCUAAUGUACGCAGCAAACGAUCUGAGUAGUUUCAAGAACGUUAUGUAUUGGAUAUCCAAGUUCAAGAAAGAAGCGAACAAUAAAAAUGCAGAUACGUUCACUUUCGUCGUUGUUGGCAACAAGCAGGUCGUCCCCGACUAUGCCAGACUAAUUUCAAGAAAAGAAGCGAAUGAUUGGUGCUGGAACAAUAAUCAUUGGCACUCAGAAAUAUCAACCAAAGAGAAGCCCACCAUCAACUGA